AUGGUUGUUGCGGCACGGAGGCUCGCAAGGAAGCGUUUAUUCGAUGUGGAUGAAGUUAUGAGCGGUCUCGACUGGUCUGACGGUAACUUGCGACUGGUGAAUGUGCAAGGUGACCGAGUGCUGGGAUCGGAGGUGGCAGUGCGCGAUCGCAGUGUCGAUAUCCCUGUGAAACAGUGGUUAUAUGUGUUCAAUUCGUUAUUCACUCCAAAUUACCAUCAUAUAUAA